UCUCUCUCUCUCUCUCUCUCUCUCUCUCUCUCCGUGUUGUCGUUUUACAUUCGAAAGUUGGCGACUACCACGCACGUUGCCCUAAUUUAGACGCAAAUUUUUCCGCAAUUAUAGCUACCUGGUCAGGAUUUGAUUGCCAACCGUAAGUUAAUUAUAAUCUAGAUUGUAAUCUGGUGCGGUCAUCCGUAUUAUAUAUUAUAUAUUAUAGGCCAUAACAGUCCCCACUACUCUCUGUUCGUGCUGAAUUGUUUUUCUACACUCAAAAUCAUACGGAAUUUGCGGUCAAACUUUGAAUUUGUAUUUGAAUUUUGCACUGAAAUCGUCAGAACAAUAACUCGGAACCUGUUUUGCAUUCAUCUUGUUCUUCUGUUCUUGUUCAUUCUUCUAUGCGUCUCGCUCUACUGCAUGCUCCACUCUAUUCUGAGCUCAACAAGUUCAUCUCUCGGGUCGCGCUAGCUAUAGUACUAUAGCCGGCGUACAGUUCCCGCAGGCCUUGCGGCAGGUGCGCCUGCGUGCCGCCACUGCUUCACGGAUUAGCGAUCACUGGCUCUGCUUGGCUUAUAUUCUGCUGCUGCCCCGCUGCUGCUGCUCGUGCUGCUACUUUCUGUUGGUGCUGCUGCUGCUGCUGCUGCUGGUGGUGGUGGUGUUGGUGGCGGCACGGAGCGGUGCGGUUAAUUGACUCGCAGAGCGACGAUGUCGUGCGGCGUUCGUUUCGUGUCGCGUCGAAUGAAAUCGAAGCACCUAUCGAGUUGCGGGCUCGGAUUUCUAGCAACCGUUUGCGUGCUGCUCGUCUAUACGGGGGUUUCGUCUAACGCGCGCAGUAACGUCGUCGACGAGUACCGACAGACGGGCAUCGCAGCCUACAUAGCGGAGUGCGGCACUCUGCAGACGUUCACGGUGCCACCGCAUGAGCAGCAGUUCAGUUACUUCCUCCCGCAGCUGCAGUGUCCAGAUCGGCCGUGGAUUCUCGCACUGGUCAUCUCGUCUGCCGGGGAUAUGCAGUGCAGAUCGGCGGUGCGCGCUACGUGGGCCGCUCCGCCGCAGGUCGAUGCGAACGUGAGCGAGCCGCUGCGCGUGCUGCACCUCAUAGCCGACGCUCGCAACGCGACGGCCGACAACGAGAUCAUGUUCGAGAGUUACACGCAGGGCGACGUCGUGCAGGGCAACUUCGCGGACUCCUAUCGAAAUCUCACGUUGAAAUCCAUCAUGGGUCUGCACGUCGCUUCCAGCGCGUGUCCCCGGCGACCGUCGCUCGUCGUCAAGAUAGACUGCGACACGCUACUCAACGUCGAAAAACUUCUGGAGUUCGCGAACGGCGAGAGAGACGAGGACGCCAUCUACGGAUUCCUUCUCGACAAGGACAGGCCGAUACGGCGGCCGAGCAGCAAGAACUACGUGACGAGGAGCGAGUACGACGGAGACGUGUACCCGCCGUUCAUCGCCGGCUUCUUCUACGUCAUGACGGGAGACGUGCCGGCGCGCCUCUACGCGGAGGCGGCGAGCAGCAAGCGACAACUGCUACAUCUCGAAGACGUCUUCGUGACGGGCCUGCUCGCCGAACGCGUCGGCGUGAGGCGGCGCCAUCUAGCGGGCGUGAUGCGAAGGAAACCCGCUACGUGGGAUGAGAUGAAUUCGGCGGUCGCCAUGCACUCUUUAACUCCGAGAGAGAUGACGGGCAUUCACAAAAAGAAGACGAAGCUUCGGCGACAGGAGAAGCGACAUCGCGAACAUAUGAGGGAUCCUAAGUGAUCGAUCUAUGAUCUAGAACCUAUAGGAUCUUAACUUCCAUUUAACUUGUCCGUAUUGCGUAAUUGUGCAUCGUAUUGCAAAUGUACGUGUCGCAUGUAAAUAUAAUCAUAUUUAAUCAGCUAGUACCGGAA